AUGCACCCGGUCCCGUCCCGUCUCCACGCGGGCCGAGUGCCCUCCCGACGCAGCCGAGCAUCCAUCGCCCUCGUCGUCUUGGUCCUCCGGUGGGGGGGAUGCGCCGGGGGCGAGGGGGAGGAGAGGGGGAGGCUCUACGACGAACCUUGGCGGGAGCAGUUUCAUUUCUCCCCGAGGGAGAAUUGGAUGAACGACCCGAACGGCUUGCUCUUUCACGACGGCGUCUUUCAUCUCUUCUUCCAGCAUAAUCCGUUCGGGGAGGUGUGGGGGCAUAUGAGUUGGGGGCAUGCGACGAGCGAGGACCUGGUCCGUUGGGAGCAGCUGCCGGUGGCCAUUCCCGAGGACGACGAGGUGGCCAUCUUCUCGGGCAGUGCGGUCGUCGAUGUGCGCAACACCAGCGGGCUUGCACAGAAAGUUAAGCAUGGGCCGACGAGAAGUCAGACCACCACCGACUGCAGUUGUGCUCAGUUGAACCGAGUCGAGUGGCAACUGCAGUCUGACCAUAGUCCAACUGCAGUCAAACAGGAACUGGAGAACGAGUUCAAAAUCUCAGUGGAGCAGGAGGAGGAGCGGUGGGUGCUGCUGGUGUCGCUGGCGGGGCUCGGAAUGUACUUCGUGGGGGAAUUCGACGGGGAAAAGUUCGUGGAGGACUCGGAGUUCAGCUGGUUCCUGAUCGAUCACGGGCCGGACUUCUACGCGGCGAACAGUUUCAACGGGGCGGAGGAGAGGGUGCUGGUGGCGUGGAUGAACAACUGGGCGUGUGCGGGGGGAGUGCCGACGAGUCCGUGGAGGGGGGAGGCGAGCUUCCCGAGGAGGGUGGAGCUGGUGAGGGCGGCGGGGGCGCUGCAGAUGAGGCAGGUGCUGGGGGAUUUUGGCUCUCUGGGGGGGCAGGUGUGGACGCUCAGGGAUGCGACGAUUGCGGAGGAAUUAAUCUCACGCGGAGAUGGCCAGAGUCCGAAGACAGAAAUGCUGCCAUUCCAGAUCAACGAAUUCCUGGUCGCGGAGGUCCUGGGAAGCUCCUUCCCCAUGACGGUGGAGAUGAGGCUCGCGGGAACGCCGGGGUUAGCGGAGUUCGGGAUCAUGGUCCGCAGAUCCGCCGACGGGACGGAGUACACCCGGGUCGGACUCGAGUUCGACGAGGAUGGCCGGCCGUCGCAGGGAUUCCUUAAUAGAACCCUCAGCGGUACCUCGGAUUUCAGCCCCGACUUCGCCCGCGCCUACACGGCGGACAUCGCCUACCUCCACCUGGAGAGCGAGGAGGUCUCCCUUCUCCUCCUCCUCGACGAGUCCAGCGUGGAAGCCUUCUUCUACGACGGCCUGGUCGCGAUGACGGCGAGGAUCUUCCCCGACGAUCUCAGUCGGGGCAUGGCUCUCUACCAGGCGGAGGGGGAGGAGCUGCGCGUCUCCUUCUUCGAGGUCCGGCAGCUUCCCUCCAUCUGGCAGUGA